CACAUUUCACAUCCCCGCCAUCGACAGCCUCCUUACAUUCAAUCCAGCGCCUCUCGCAGCCUCGACUCCUACUAGAGGUGACCUGAAGGUCAAUUAUGCGCACCUUUCAGUAAACUUUGUGUCGUUUGAAGGGUGCAUCGCAACGAAUGCUAAACGGCCUCCUGUGCAUCGAAAUUGCCCUCCUACGUCCAACACCUAUAGAAUCUUGAACAGUAACCCGCCGACCUCGAUUCUCUGGCCAAGCUCCUAUCUACCGCCUACAUAGAGACAGGUGUCAGAUACCCUCCGUUCAUGGGACAUCCAGUUUAUGAACAAUCAACCACACGGCCCUGCAGCCUUUGAUCGAAAACGCGAACACAUGGACGAACAGACAAGACAGCGCGUGUUGCAGCAGCAACAAGAAGAACUGGCGCAGCGUGAGCGGGAAUACAAUGAAAGACAGGAAAGAGACCGGCAGCAGAGAGAACAAUAUGGCCCAGCUCCCCCCCAUCAGAACAACACUGGUUCGAUUCCGAUACACCAGCCUGUAGCGUCACGUCUACCUGGUGCCAUCCAUAGCCCUGGCGGCCUUCUAGCAAACCACGGCGGUGCCCCUCCUUCUGGAGCCCUGGGCGCUCCAAGUGGUCCGGGCAACGCCUUCGGUGGUCCUCUACACAGUGAUGCAAACCGCUCAGUCCAACACAACCCGCAACCUGCUGCUGCCCAGCUCCAACAGCAUCAGGCAUUUGGCCAAAGCCUACUUGGGCAUAAUAGCGCGUCUUCCAACGUCCCACUUGGCGUGCCUGGCGGACCUGUGGUUGCCUUUGGUGGCCCAUUACAGCAGCAGCAACAGCAACAGCAGCAGCAGCAAGAAGCAGCUUCAAGACUGCAACAGAUCCCAUUCGGUCAACCUGUUACUCCUGCACAUCAAAUUCCUGGUGCGCCUGCGCUAGGACAAGGCGGACAACAACCUAUCCUGAAUGAUGCUCUAAGCUAUCUUGAUCAGGUCAAGGUUCAAUUUGCCGACCAGCCAGAUGUAUACAAUCGUUUCUUGGACAUCAUGAAAGACUUUAAAAGUCAGGCCAUUGACACCCCGGGCGUUAUCAACCGCGUCUCUGAACUUUUUGCUGGGCACCCAAACCUAAUUCAGGGGUUCAACACGUUCCUGCCUCCUGGAUAUCGUAUCGAGUGCGGAACAGGGAAUGAUCCGAACACAAUUAGAGUGACGACCCCAAUGGGCACAACUGUACAAUCGAUAACUGGAGCUGGCCGUCCACCUCUCCCGGACAAUUCGAUUGGACAAGGUGGUGCAAACAAUGCAUAUUAUGCUGGACAACGCCCUGGGAAUUGGCAACAACAACCACAACAUAACAUUGAAAGUCCCGAAGGAGUAUUCAGCCCCCAGAACCAAAGUGGAGGGCCGGCGUUCAACCAAAAUCAGACACAUUCUAGUUACGAGGCACAACAAGCAGCCGCUGCUGCUCAUCAACAGCAGCAAAGAGGUGUUUCACAAUUGACGAGCGCCGUGGCAACCACUCUGGGACAUCCUCCUCGGAAUGCACAAACACCUACGCCCGGUGGUCAAUCGAAUAUGAACGGUGCUGGAGCACAGCCAGGUCUCGAGAAAAGAGGCCCCGUCGAGUUCAACCACGCAAUCAGCUACGUAAACAAGAUAAAGAAUCGCUUCCAAGAUCGACCGGAGAUCUAUAAACAGUUCCUCGAGAUCCUCCAAACAUACCAACGGGAAUCGAAGCCGAUCCAGGACGUCUAUGCUCAGGUCACUUUUCUUUUCAACACCGCUCCUGACCUCCUUGAGGAUUUCAAGCAGUUCCUACCCGAAUCUGCCGCUCAAGCAAAAGCUGCUGCAGCUGCCAAAGCUGCCGAAGAAGUGGCAGCACUGGCAAAUAACACACAAACUCCGCAAGCUUCUCACGGACCUCGUGGAGAGACCAAGAUGCCUCCUGUAGGUAACUUUGCAGUUCCUGCCAGCACGAGCAAGGAAAACAAGAAGCGACCGCGUAACGCCACGUCGACUCCAUCGGGGCCGCAACCUAAUACAGUUGGCGAAAGUUCUGCUAGGAACAUGGUGCCUGUUGGAAAGAGACCAAAACUUCAUCAUAACAAGCCAAUUACAUCAGAUGCGCCUGCAGUGUCGCCAACUUUGACUCCUGUCAUGCCCGAGCCACUCCCGCCAACGACUACGUCGGCUGCAUCAUCCGAAGAGCUGGCAUUCUUCGAUCGUGUGAAGAAGUACAUUGCGAACAAGUCCACGAUGAACGAAUUCCUGAAACUCUGUAACUUGUUUUCUCAGGAUUUGAUUGAUCGUAAUGUGCUUGUGCACAAAGUCAGCAAUUUCAUCGGCGGUAACCCAGAUUUGAUGAAUUGGUUCAAGGCGUUUGUCAAUUACGAAGGCGACGACGAAGUAAUCGACAAUCGACCAAAAGCACCAACUGGUAAAGUUGCAUUGAGCAAUUGCCGUGGACUGGGACCAAGCUAUCGUCUUCUUCCAAAACGGGAGCGCUUGAAACCGUGCAGCGGACGAGAUGAAAUGUGCCAGUCUGUGCUCAAUGAUGACUGGGCCUCGCAUCCUACCUGGGCAUCGGAGGAUUCCGGCUUUGUCGCCCAUCGAAAGAACAUCUUCGAAGAGAGCCUUCACAGAAUUGAAGAGGAGCGGCAUGAUUACGAUUUCAACAUCGAGGCCAACUCAAAGGUCAUUCAACUUCUCGAGCCGAUCGGGCAAUCCCUCUUGGCAAUGGAUCCCAUAGAGAGAGAAAACUUCCGCAUGCCGACCGCACUUGGUGGCCAAAGCCAAUCCAUCUACAAGCGCGUGCUGAAGAAAAUCUACGGACCGGAUCGAGGACCUGAAGUUGCUGCGGAUUUGUUCAAGGACCCUUGCUCUGUGCUUCCAAUUGUGCUGGCACGUUUGAAGCAGAAGGAUGAAGAGUGGCGUUUUACACAGCGCGAAUGGGAGAAGGUCUGGAACGCACAGACUCAGGCAAUGUACUUGAAGAGUCUUGAUCACAUGGGUAUCCACGUCAAGUCAUCUGACAAGAAAAACUUUGCCAUGAAACAUCUUAUUGAUGCAAUCAAGACUAAGCAUGAAGAGCAAAGACGCCAGCGCAGCAUCAAGGGAAGGGGCCCAAGACAUCAGUUUGCCUAUGAAUUUACCGAUCAAGGGGUCAUUGCAGAUGUUCUCCGCUUCAUGGUUCUCUAUGUCACCCAUUCAAGCCAGCACAACAGCGCUGAGAGACGUCGCAUCUGUGAAUUUUUCGAAAAAUUCAUCCCUACCUUCUUCGACAUCUCAGAUGAACUUGUGACGGACCGCACUGGAGAUAUUGAUCGCGGAACUCCAGAUGAUGACUUUGAUGAUGCUGCGCCCACUGAGCUACCAAAUGGCCGAGGUCGACGACCAGGAAAUGGAAAGAAGACUGAUCUGCGCCGCGGUGUCCUUGACAGAGCUCGAAAUGGUACCCGGGGUCGUGGCCACAAGGAAGGUAGUGCUAGUGGAAGCAAGGAGUCUACCCCAGACGUUGAUUCGGUGGUCGAAGAUGAUGCUGGUGAAGCUGCCGAGGAUCAGGCUGUUACGGAAGUCACCAAUGAGCGCUGGCUGGCGGUACCCGGUGCAGCCGCUAUUCAUGGGACAAAGCCUCUCGACUCGGAAGACCUCGAAUUGAGGGCUGAUCAGCCUUUCAAACGCAGAUGGUACAGCCUCUACAGCAAUUCCACAAUCUACGUCUUCUUCAGCAUUUUCCAAACACUUUAUCGUCGUCUUAAGGAGGUCAAGGAAAGCGAGAGCGACGCCAUCGCAGACGCCAACCGUGCCAAAAGUGCCAAGCCUGCCAAGGUAAUUGGCCUCCUGGAUGAGAAGACUGACUAUUUCCUUGCUGACGAUAGCGAGGAGACCUACUAUUCAAAAACCUUGGCUAUAGUCGAAGAUUUCAUCACGGGUGACCUUGAAGAAGCAAAAUAUCAAGACUACCUUCGGCAUGUCUACUUGAAGAAAGGCUGGCAGCUCUACACUAUCACAGACCUUCUCAAGUCCCUUUGCAGGCAGGGUGUCGCUUGCUCUUCAAAUGAUGUCAAGGAGAAGACUCCAGAUCUCCUCGAACAAUUUUAUCACGACAGAGAAUCAAAAGAAACAUCAUUCAAUACAGAGAUAAACUUGCGCAAGCAAGCCGACAAAUACAUCAAAGAGGGCGAGUUAUUCUUGAUUCGUUGGAUUCCAAGCAAAGCACAAGCGACAGUUCAAUGGCUGCAGAAGGAUGAGACAACCUUUGACCUCGAUGACAUGGAACUCAAGGAUCGCUGGCAAUACUACGUCUCCUCUUUCGCCCGCGUAGAACCCACCGAAGGCGUCCCCCGAGACCGUGUAGGCCGUUCCGUCCUGGUGCGCAACGUUGGCUCUCCUGAUGCCGUAUCAGAAGACGGCUUAAACAUACCAAAACCUCUCGUCUAUCUCGAAGACCUGACUCUCCGCAUUUGUGUGAACAGCUACAAGAUGGUCUACAAACAGCCCGGCUCCGAGUACUAUAUCUACUCGAACAACCCUCUUACUUGGGAUACCGAGAAGAAUGCUUCCGCUGCUAGGGUCCGCUUGCAGAAAUUCGAGGAUGCUCGAAAUGAGAAGUUCCGAGAGAUCUUUCACAUGAACAACAGUUGGAUGAAGGGCUUGGAUCAUGAUCAAGUCCAGAAGAUGACUCUGGAUUGCAAGAAGUGGAUUGAUGAGGGCAUUCUUCCUCCUUCGGCCAAUGGUUCGACCGAUCAGGCUUCUCAGUAAGAAUGGGAACAGGGUGGCCAUAAUUAUGAAUCGUGGCUUUUUUUUCUUUCUAUGUUUCUGCUUUUUUACUUUACUACAUUACUGGCCUUGACGGAUGGGCUUGCCGAGGUC